CAUUAUUUACAGGUUCUUUACGCAAUCUUACAACGGAUAUUCUUUUAAUUAAAAUAGAUGUAAAUACACAAAUGUAUUAUUAUUUUUUCAAUCACCUUAUUUUUCUCGUCCUAAAUUGUUGCUUGGAUAAAGAUAUCCAAUUCAAUUUUAGAAAAACCUGGACCUACCAACUAAGUUUCAAACCAACCAAAGCAAGAUUAGAAUAUGAGAGUAUCCUUAAUGAUUUCUUGAAAUUGAUUAUUUAUAGACUAUAUGAAAUAGAUAAAUAGAUGAUAGAGAGUUUGUGAUGCUUACAAUUAGUCUGUCUUUUUUUAUUACAGAUCCAACAGAAAAUCUGUUGAAGGAAAGCAAAGGAGCAUCCUGGGGUCCAAUAAACACAGGAGUACAGAAAGGCAGCGGGCAGAUCCAGUUGUGGCAGUUCCUGUUGGAGCUCCUCUCGGACAGCACCAACAUGGCGUACAUCGCCUGGGAGGGCACCAACGGAGAGUUCAAGCUCAUCGACCCGGACGAGGUGGCCCGGCGCUGGGGGGAGCGCAAGAGCAAACCCAACAUGAACUACGACAAGCUGAGCCGGGCGCUGCGCUACUACUACGACAAGAACAUCAUGACCAAAGUGCACGGAAAGCGCUACGCCUACAAGUUCGAUUUCCACGGCUUGGCGCAGGUGUGCCAGCCAUCCACCACGGAGCAGGCCAUCUACAAGUUUCAGGGGAAUUUCUCCCCGAUUCCCUUCGCCGGGAUCUCCAAACUGAACCUCGUGGGCCCCGGCGUGGGCCCCUCAGGUUUUUCCUACUGGGCCGGAUCCCCCCCUUCGGCUCUGUACCACAGCCACAACCUCCAGCCUCCUGGGCCCUUUGGCACCGUGUCUCCGUCCCACAUCAGCUGCGUCAACAACAUCAACAGCCUGACCAACAUCAAUAACCAUUACAACUGACUACUAAUGAAUCUUUUAGACAACCUGGAGAAGUAUAAACACGGCCGGUAAUACAACAAGGAACGAAGAGAGGUGACAAAGGUUUGGGUAAUUUGCAAAUAUUGGAUUGAUUUGGGUUGUCUCAGCAACAUGCUACAUUUAGACGCGUGCAUAUAUAAUUGUAGCCAUGCAUGUACAUGCUGCCGAGACAAUGGUUUUGCGUAAGAAAGACGUUUAAAAACAUGUAAAUAAAAAAAACACAUUAGUUCUACUGUAAAAUCAGGACUUGUUUCCAGUAGCAAAUGAUUACAUAGGCUAUAUGAAGGACCGCCAAUGAAAUUACGCAGAGUGGUUUUGAACUUUUACGCGUUGUCUAAACGAUAAUAAUUAGAUCUUAAGCCAUAAACUCCCCUUUUAUGAUUGUCUAAUUUCGCUCACUCAUUGUUGGAAAGCGUUUUUCCAAAUUAACAAUGUAUAGAGCAUUACUAAAAAAAAAAGCUUGAUUUAAUAUUUAUGUUUUAUACCUAUCAGUUCUUCUUGCCUGUUCCUUUGCUGUCUCUCAUCCUCUCUUCGUGGGUCAUGUGGUUGUUUUUACACACAGGUGAGUGCUUUUACACACAUUUGGGAGCAAAUCACUUCUUAUUACUAGGCUCUUGGCGCCAUCUUGUGGUUAUGGAACGGCCUAAUGCCUGUCAUGUAAUUUUACUAAAUAUCACUCCUGUAAAAAUAUUGUAACUUGAAUUUCUUUUUACUAAGAAAUCAGAUUACACAUAGCCAUGUAGGAAAAUUAAAUGUAUCCCACUUGCAAUACAAAAUAAAUACAAUGUAGAGGUAUAGGGUUGCAUUUUGUGAGAAGUAGUCUCAGACGUGAAUAGUAACAGAAACUGUGAAUUCAUGAACCUUUCAGUAAAUACUGUUUGUAGAGACGGGCUCAGGCUAUUCGCUGCUUUUUAGGGAUUUUGAAGUGAACUGCAUUUUAUUCAUUCACGUAGCUUCUAAAGCAAAAAUAGCUAUACCAAUA